CACCACCCAGUGAGGGUAUUUAAAGGCUGCCCUCCCAUCCCUGAACAUCCUGGUACCAAGUUCUGCUGUUGAGACGCACUUCACUGCUCACAACCCAAAGAACGAUGGCCUCAGUUCUUUACUUGGCUUUGUUCCUCUCUCUGAGCUGCGUUCUCUGGAACGGAGCCGAUGCUACAUGUGUUCCUAGCUGUCCCUCUGGUUGGACUAAGUAUGGAAAUCGCUGUUUCCUCUUCCAGAAUGCUCAGACUGACUGGGCUUCUGCUGAGCGUGCCUGCACUGGUUUAGGUGCAAAUCUGGCCUCCGUCCACAACAGCGAUGACCAAAAAUUCCUGAAGGAUCUGGUCAACAGUAAGAAAGGAUCAAACGUGAGAACCUGGGUCGGAGGUCAUGAUUGUGAGAAGGAGGGUGUGUGGCUGUGGAGUGACGGGUCAAAGUUCACCUCCGCCCCGUGGACCAGGGGGGAACCAAACAACUCUGGUGGAAAUGAACACUGCAUGGAGAUCAACGUGGCAGGAUCAGCUAUGUACCUGAAUGAUAUACCAUGCAACAAUAAUUUUUUCUACAUCUGUGCCAAAAGAGUCUAACUCCUCCCUCUUCCUGAGAAAUCCAACAUGACCAUGUGACCUUCUCAAUGGUGAUGUCACUUCCUACAGGAUGUCAGGCCUCGAUGGCGUCGCUGCUGGAAGACACAAGGAUAAAAUCUGAUUUCCAAUAAAUCUGUUGCAUGAAGAAA